AUGAGCUGGAGCCGCUUAAUCCGAUUCCUCGAUGAUGAAGAUCAGGUCUGUCUCGGUGAUGCAGUUGCAAGCUCUGCCCAAGACCUUGCGAGUCUUUUGGAAGCUGGAAGUCUCACUGCCGAAAAGUUAGCUGGAAACGACAUAUUUGACGCAAAGCCGACGGGCAAGAUAGUCAAAGUCAAGUCGCUUUUGGGGCCUUUGACCCCUCGGGACGUGCCCAUUCUACGCUGUGUUGGUUUGAAUUACGCAAAGCAUAUCAAGGAAACAGGGAGGACUCCACCUCCGCAUCCCACAAUCUUCAUCAAGCCAUCCAGUUCAAUCACAGGUUGGAACGAUGAUAUCCCUAUCCCCAAGAUCGCACAGAAAGAUCAACUUGACUAUGAAGGUGAACUGGCUAUUGUAAUAGGGAGGGAAGGAAAAGAUAUCUCGGCUGAAGAUGCAUUGAGCUACGUGUCAGGGUAUACCGUUGCAAACGAUGUUUCAGCCCGUACAUGGCAAAGGGACCCCAAGUUCGCUGGGGAGGUCCCACAGUGGUGUUUCUCCAAAGGAUUCGAUUCCUUUGCUCCUCUGGGUCCGGUGCUUGUGUCCCCGAGCGUCCUUAGCGCAGCUGGGGAUCUCACCCUACAGACCAAGGUGAAUGGGGAGGUUCGCCAGGAGGCAAAUACCAGUGAUCUAGUGUUCGACGUAAAGAGGAUCAUUGCGUUUGUCAGUCAGGGUACAACACUCGAAAAGGGCUCGGUGAUCCUGACUGGCACACCGGGUGGAGUAGCUUUGGGAAUGAAACCGCCCAAAUGGUUAAAGGAUGGGGAUGUUGUACAAGUUUCCAUCAGCGGGAUUGGAACUAUAUGCAACCGGAUGGUCUUCCAGUGA